AUGCAGCAGCAUGAUAUGAAAUUGGUCCUGGGCAUGUCCUACCGGCCCUUGGAAGAAGGCGAAGGCGAUGCCGAGGUCACCUUAAAGAGUCCAGAGCUUGGCACCUAUCCCUACACGGUGAAUUGGCGCGCCAGCCCAGCCGGCUUCGAACGGGCCUUGGUCCUCAAAGCGCCGCUGGGAGGCUCCACAGUGGAGAGCUUCAAGUUCCUACACUAUGCCAAGGAAAUGGUGAAGUACAAAGCCAGAAUUGAGGCUGCCCCUGGAGCACCCAAGGGUGGCGUGGACUUCUUCCUCGAAGCCUCUGAGGUGAGUGCCACGGGCUGUGUCAAUGAACCAGUGCCGACGGAGCUCGGGGUGAAGUUCCAGCCGUCCAUGCUGGGCGAAUGCCGUGCGCUGCUGGUGAUCUCGGGACCUGGCGGUGGUGAGUACAAAGCUUUGCUCACAGGUUUCGCACAGCCGCCACAGCCACAGGGUCCGAUCACCAUGAUCAGCGGAAAGCAGGGCUUGGUGGAAUUCCGCAACCCCUUCGAUAAACCCACGGAUUUCUCCCUCCAGGUGGACAAUCCCUGCUUCAUGGUCCCCAUGAGAACGCAGAGGAUCGACCCCCAGAAGUCGGUUCAGAUCAACGUGAACUUCAAAUCCGACAGGUCGCAGGGUGGACGGCUCAUCAUCUCCUGUGACAAGGUGUCAACGCCUUGGAUCUUCUUUCUGAAAGGAGAAGUCUGA